CAGAUUGAUAUUUUACUCUGGCUACUUCAGGUCAACAAUGUAGUCGAUGUACCUUUGGUGAAGUCUGUCAAACUUAUCAAAGAUGCUAUUCAACGAUUAUGCAGUAUCCAUUCAAUCCCUUAUGAAGGUGCUCUUGGGUAUAGGUACUAUGUUAACUCGCUGCCUGACAUUAUUUGGCAGGAAAUGAUGAAUCCUCACGUUUGGCCACUGUUACACUUCUACCCUGAAGAUACUGGUGUGGAACUGAACAAAGCUCGACAAGCUACAUGUUGGCUUGAGGAACUUGACCCAGAGCUGCUUUGUCAAAUACCUUUGGCGCGACAUUGUCUCUGUGAGAAUCGGAAAAGACAAAUUGAAGCGUGA